UUUCUUACCAGAUGAUGCCUCUUUUUCUCCUUCUUCCUCGGAGUCAUCAAAUGAGGUCAGUGGUCUAACAAACGAGGAACCUAUUGAGAGGACGCUAGAGUUGCGCUACACCAAGAUAAACUUAGCUGCAAAAGUACGAGAUGAAAAAAGUAAGUUGACUACUGUAAACCUUCGAAUCUAUCACCACUCUGCUACAGCAUUAGACGUCGAAGCAGAUACCACAGAGACUAAACUAAAUGGUAGUUUGGAGCAUGUUGCUAUGAGCCCUCCCAGUCGCACUACAUCUGCAGCGCAAGCUAACAAAUCUAAACCAAAAGAUGUGAAAUCCCCGGAAAAUCCACAAGAAUCUAAUGACUCAGAUGACGAGAUUUUUGAACAGUGUGAGUUUUGUGGUGUCGUCAAUUUCAUACAUUUUCUUGGAAGGGAUUUCUCGUAUCCAUUCCUGUCGCUUUUCCACUGA